CAAGGCGGGGGUGAGCCUUUUAAGUCCCCUGCUUCUUCCCCACUUGUGGAAUUUGUUGUGCCAGUGGGAUGAGGCUGGCUAUAAAACCUCUGUCCCACUCCGCAGCCAGCGAGUGCACCGCAGCCCCGCUGACAUCCCUGUUCCUCCCUGUGAGCCACCAGCAGGGCAGAAUGGAGGUGAGCUUCACCCAGAUGCUCUACGCUCUCUGUCUGGCUGCCAUGACUGGUGCCUUCACCCAGGAAGGGUUCAAGGAAGCGAUGCUGAAGCAGCUGGGGCUCUCCGAAGUCCCUAAGCUUCAUAAGAGAGACCUGGUGGACCUGGUCAUCCCUGAGCAUGUGAAGAACAAGUACAUCUCCAUGCUGAAGCGGCACAGGGGGAAGCGUCGCGCCUCUCCCAGCCUGGCCAGCAUCCUGCAGGGGAUCCCCGGCAAUGCAGAAGUCUUCUACUCUGACCCCAUGCGCCAGAACUUCAUCUUUGACAUGGAGGGGAGGAUACCAAAAAACAGCGAAGUGACAAUGGCUGAACUGAAGCUUUUCAAGAAGCCCCUGGACAGGGUGAACCUGCCAGCCAGGCAGCCCCAUCGGCCUGUCUCCAAUGCCAGGGUCAGCAUCUACUGGGUGCAGAGACAACACGACGGCACAAACAGGACCUCGCUGAUCGACUCCCGGCUGGUUCCCAUAAGAGAGUCGGGCUGGAAGAACUUUGACGUGACACAGGCUGUGCACUACUGGCUGCGGAACAAGAGGCAGGAGCCAAUGGUCCUGCAGGUCUGGAUCGAAGGGGAAAGGGUGGGCAGCUAUGCUGCAGAGGUCGCCAAGGCGGUGCGCUUCACCUCGCAGGAUGCUGGGGACAGAGCCGUGGGAAGACCCGAGCUGGUGCUCUACACCCUUGACUUGGAGGACUAUGGUGGUCCUGGGGACUGCAAGGAUGGGAUGCAAGCAGGGAAGUCCACCUGCUGCCGGCAGAAGCACUACAUCAACUUCCGUGAGCUCUCCUGGACACAGUACUGGGUCAUCGAGCCGGCAGGAUACCAGGCUUACAGCUGCCGGGGGGGCUGCCUGCAGCUUCCCAGCCCACUGCAGCGCUGGGGGGGCAGGGAGCGUGUCUGUGCUGUGGCCGAGAGCUCCCCGCUCCCCAUCAUGUACCUGGUCCAGAGGGGCAACCACACCGAGAUCGAGGCAACCGAGUUUCCCAACAUGAUCAUUGAGAAGUGCAGCUGCAUGGCAGAUGGUGCAGCGCUUCUGUGAGGGGCUGGCUUAGGGGAGUAACGGUGCUGGUGGGCCUGGAGGAGGUGUACCUCCCUGCGUUUGGUAUGGCUGCCUCUGGGGUAUGUCAGUCCCCACCCCAGGGAACUGAAAGGCAAGGACAGUGAUCACAACCAGGUGCAGAAGUCAACUUGGGUUUGGACUUUAGUUCCUUGGUUCCCUCUGCUCUGUACGUUUUGGUCCUUGUCUGCCCAAGUUGUGUUUACUGUGGAUAGCAGAGCAAAAGCACUUACAUGUAUGUGUUGUAUACAUACACAUAUGCACAUGUAUCACAAAUACACGUACGUAUAUAUGUACAUAUUGUAUACAUGCAUACUGUAUAUAUACGCAUUUUCUACAUACAUACAUGUACAUAGAAUACUGCCUAGAGCUUAAAUGAAUGUAUAUAUGUAAGUAUGCACUGUAUGCAUAUAUCUGUAGAUAUACAUGUACAUACAGUAUUGUCCAAACUCAAAGGACUGUAUUGCUGGCCCCGAACCAAGGAUUUGGCACAGUCUUAAGUAGCAUUUAGAGAUGUGAAGCCAGUACUGGGACUUGGGUUUGCUUGCAAAUAAUUGUUUAUAGGAUCAGGUCCUCAUUUUUCUGUAUUACAGUUGUUGGGUUUGUUUUUUUUUUCAGUUUAGAGCUAUUUUUCUGGUCUUAAUUGCUUUCAAAAUUAAGUAAACAAUAAAAUA